UCUACUGUACGGGUUGGGGAGAAAAGAUGGCCGCCAUGCAGGUUAUCGCUUUGACUUUGCUGUCUAUCCUGUCAGCUAACGCUCAAGUCACCAUGCCAGGAAGAUGUCCCAGACCCGCUGUCCAGGACGACUUCGACAUCACCAGGUAUCUGGGAAGGUGGUACGGGAUCCAGAGGCUACCUCACUCCUUCCAAAGCAGCCAGUGCAGCACUGCCACCUACACCUUGAGGAGCCCCGGAGUUGUUGGUGUUCUCAACAGGGGGCUGCUUGCUGAUGGGACCAUCACCUCAAUAACCGGGUCUGCUACGGCCAAAGACCCCUCUGAGCCCGCCAAGCUGCAGGUGUCCUUUUAUGAGGACACCCCCCCUGCGCCUUACUGGGUCUUGGCGUCAGACUACGACAACUACGCUCUGGUCUACAGCUGCAAAGAACUGGACCUGGUCCACAAGGACUCUGUUUGGAUUAUGAGCAGGAGGCCUACUCUGGCUGGGGAGACCUUGGAGCAGUUGCACAGCACUUUGACCUCCAUCGGUGUCAGAGUGGAUAAGCUGCUGAGCACCAAUCAGGAUGCGACUUACUGCAAAGCCAUGAACCAAUGA